AUGAAGGGCGCAACCGGCACGGCGUCGCCCGAUCCGGGUUUCGCUAGUACCAACGUGAGCCUGGCGGGUUCCGCUGUUUCAGCUUCUGGGGAAACGAAACCCCCUUGGAACAUUGGGUUUGUUGCCGUGGGAAAUCUCAAGUCGAAGACGGUCCUGGAUACCUUUUACAGCCGCUUGACGUCGAGGGAGAAGAGUGCACUCGCUCCUCUAUUCCCGCGAGUCUUGCAAACCGCUCCAGAUGCUGCGCCCGGCCUGCGCCGGAAGUUUUCUGUGGAUGAUGGAGGAAACAUGUUUCUUGCUUCUGAUCCGACGGGAGCGUUUCUCUUUGGACUUUACGUCCAUGACAAGAAGUAUGCUGAGCGGUUAGCUUUCGCGUUACUGGCGGAAGUUCAGCAGCUGGUAUCCGAGGCCGUUCGCGACCAACCUGCCUGCGGGAUCAAGGCGGGAUUACUCGAGAAGCGUUUGCGUCAGGCCGUGAAGGGUCUGAUUUCGAGGUUCGAGCAACCUGAAAGUGUCGACAAGACGACGGAGGUUCUCAAGAAAGUGGAAGAUGUGAAGAUUGAGAUGGAGAAAAACGUGCAAAUGGUUUUGCAGAACCACGCUAACUUGGAGAGUCUUGAAUCUAAGACGGGCCAGCUGGCGGAGAGCGCCAAGACUUUUAAAGAAACGGCGGGCGACGUCAAGCAAGCCAUGCGGUGGCAAAAGAUCAAACUGACCGUGAUGCUGUGCAUUGUCAUUGCCGCUACGUUUGGUUAUCUGAUUUACGUCGUUGUUGACCUAAUUUCUAAUUCCGAGAAAUAG